AUGACUGGGAGCAAAAGGAUUGUUUCGGUUGUUACUGGUACUAACAGUAAUUUGGGUUUGAAUAUUGCCUACAGGUUUUUAGAAUCAGUGCCUCCAGAUGUUCGAGUCACUUUAAUUGUUACCUCAAGAACUCUUCCAAGGGUCAAUGAGGUUAUCAGCAAGAUUAAGAACUAUCAUGAUAACCAUUUAAAAAGAGCUGGGACUUUAGAUUUCGAUUAUUUAUUGGUGGAUUUCACCAAUAUGGUAUCGGUAUUAACUGCAAUUUACGAAUUGAAACGAAACUAUAAAGAAAUCAACUAUGUUUUCAUAAAUGCUGCCCAGGGUGUUUAUGCCGGAAUAGAUUGGGUAGGUGCAACCUUUGAGGUCCUACGAAAUCCUCUAAAGAGCGUCUCAAAUCCAACUUAUAAGAUUCAAAAAGUUGGAGUAAAAUCAGCAGAUGGCUUGGGAUUAGUAUUUCAAGCUAAUGUCUUUGGCCCAUAUUAUUUUUUAAAAAAAAUUCAAGAUUUGUUGUCAGCGGGAAAAGCAAGAAUUAUUUGGAUUUCAAGUUUAUUAUCCAAUUCGAAUUACUUAUCAUUGAAUGAUAUCCAGUUACUAAACAGCAAUGUAUCAUAUGAAGGGUCGAAAAGAUUAGUUGACUUGCUACAUUUGGCCUCCUACAACGAUUUAAACAAUGCAAACAUAACACAAUAUUUAGUUCAUCCGGGGAUCUUUAUAAGUUUGUCAUUUUUGAAAUUUCUAAAUGUCUUUUCAUAUUAUGGAAUGAUAGCACUAUUCUAUUUUGGCAGAUUAUUGGGAUCCCCAUGGCACAACAUUGGUGGAUACAAAGGAGCCAACGCACCAAUCUUUGCAGCAACCAAAGCAGAUCCUAAGUUCGAUAAGCAAGACGUCAAGUAUGGCUCUGCUUGCACGAUCAAAGGCUCUGAAUUUAUCAAAAUCUCUCCAGUUGAUAACAGUGAUGCCAAACAGAUUUAUUCGUACUUCAAAGAGCUCGAGCUCGAGUGGGACGAAAAGUUGAAGGAUCAAAUUGCCGAUACCCGUAAGGAGUAUCCGUAA